UUGUGGGGGGGUUUUUUUGGUUUCCUCAUCACUUUCUAGCGAUCCUUCAGAAGACGAGACGUUUAGCGCACCACAAAUAAGAAGUUCCUUCAGUAUGAAUACGGAUCUUUCAUUAGAUUCCGAGCCCCCUAAGGCUGGGGGGCUGACCCAGAGGAAGCCCUUCAGGAGGCUAAUCUCCAUUGAGGAAGACCAUCUGCCGCAUCUUCUGAAUAGGACAGAGAGGCCGCUAAUACGGUGCUCUGAAGAAGAGGAAGACGAGCGAGGAUCGGGCGUGGACGGAGCCCAAGGGCAGCCACAGGUGGAACAGGCUCGUAUCUCCCCUAGAGAAGAGCCCGUGGGAAAAGAAACCCUGACACAUGAUGAAGCAUUCCGCACGGCUCCGGAUCGUAUAUUCAAGAUAGUUCUGGUGGGGAAUUCGGCUGUGGGGAAAACGUCCUUUUUAAAGCAAUUCUGCGAAGACCAGUUUUUUCCAGGCACGGCUGCUACCGUCGGUGUGGAUUAUUCCAUGAAAACUGUGAGCUUGGACGGCAGCCAGGUGGUGCUGCAACUCUGGGACACUGCUGGGCAGGAAAG